AUGGAGACACAAUUUUCGAUGCGCCGGCUUUCCCGCUCUGGCCGCACCCUGGGAGCGCUUGCAGUGGUCUUUGCCUUGGUCCAGAGCAUGAACUUCAUCUCUAGCGCUGGCAAGCGGACAGCCCAAACGGCACGUCGUGCCACGGCCACGGCCACUACUGGAACCAAGCACCUGUAUGACCCGAGCGCUCGGGAUGAGUUUUAUGGACAGCCCCUGGAUGUGGCGAAGUAUUUGGUGGAUCUCCAUGAUGCCAAAGCGCCUUUUGACUUUUGCGGCGGCAUGAUGUUUCAGCUGGUGCUCUCGGAGAAGUUGAGAGCGCACUUGGCCUCAGUAGCCGAGGGUGCUGCAGAGCCGCCGGUGGUCUUCGACUCCUUCAAGCCCAGGAUGUUCAUGACUCCUGGCUACAGCCAAGAUGCAGACGCCGACAACGUCCGCGUCUUCCAUGGCCGCGAGAUCCGGCAGGUGCCGCACGCGUCUGGGGGCAUGGGCUUCGUGUUGCAGCUGAGCAUGGCAGAAGGAGAUCCAGAAGGUUGGACGCCUGAGGAGAUCAAGGAAUACGACGGCUGGGGCCACGACAGCGGGCGCACCUGGCGGACGGCCGAUCGCUGGGCGCAGGAGGGCGUCCAAGGUGUGAAGGCGAAGUUUGGAGACCGGGCUUUCGGGUUGCACCAUCGGUUCUACCUCCACUUCGACUUCCUGAACCGGAUGUGGCUUUCGGCGGAGGACGGCUGUGAAGGACACCCUGCCAGCUUCUAG